AAGAGUCCACCCCCAGACCACCCCUGUCCCUCUCCCUCUCCUUAACUCCAGUCUCCGUCUCUACAAAAUGCACCCUCACCACCCUUCCCCGCCGCCGCCACCGGAAAAUAGCGUUCUUUUCUUCAAUGUUCGCUGUCCCCAUGUCUUCGUUCUCCGUUCGGUUCCUUUUACCUUCCGUGCUGUCUCCCAACCGCCCCAAGACAAGAAUAUCGACGUCUCAGGCGCCGGCGGCGCCACCCACUUCGCCUGCGGAGGGGGUGGACGCUGGGAGGCUGGAGCCGAGGGUGGAGGAGAGAGAUGGGUACUGGGUUAUGAAGGAGAAGUUCAGGGAAGGCAUAAAUCCUCAGGAGAAGGUCAAGCUGGGGAAAGAGCCAAUGAAGCUUGCAAUGGAAGGUGGUAUUGAGGAACUGGCAAAGAUGUCUCUUGAAGAAAUUGAGAAAUCUAAGCUCGCUAAGGAUGAUAUUGAUGUGAGGCUCAAGUGGCUUGGCCUCUUCCACAGGAGAAAGCAUCAAUAUGGUAAAUUUAUGAUGAGGCUGAAGCUACCAAAUGGGAUAACAAGCAGCUCGCAAAUCCGAUACUUGGCGAGUGUGAUAAGGCAGUACGGGAAAGAGGGGUGUGCUGAUGUGACAACCAGGCAAAACUGGCAAAUUCGUGGCGUGGUACUGCCUGAUGUGCCGGAUAUUAUUAAGGGUCUCACAGAGGUUGGCUUGACUAGCCUGCAGAGUGGCAUGGACAAUGCUAGGAACCCUGUUGGUAAUCCUCUCGCUGGCAUUGAUCCUCACGAGAUUGUCGAUACAAGGCCUUACACCAAUCUGCUCUCCCAAUUCAUUACUGCCAAUUCGCAUGGGAAUCCAGCCUUCACUAACUUGCCAAGGAAAUGGAAUGUGUGUGUAGUGGGCUCUCAUGACCUGUUUGAGCAUCCCCACAUCAAUGAUCUUGCUUACAUGCCUGCAGUGAAGAAUGGACGGUUUGGAUUCAAUUUGUUGGUGGGUGGGUUCUUUAGUCCAAAGCGAUGUGCAGAAGCAGUUCCUCUUGAUGCUUGGGUCUCGGCCGAUGAUGUGCUCCCAGUGUGCGGAGCUGUACUAGAGGCUUACAGAGAUCUUGGAACCAGAGGAAACAGGCAAAAGACAAGAAUGAUGUGGUUAAUUGAUGAACUUGGCAUAGAAGGAUUCAGGUCAGAGGUAGCAAAGAGGAUGCCCCAGCAGGAACUGGAGAGAGCGCCUUCUGAAGACCUAGUUCAGAAGCAGUGGGACAGAAGGGAUUAUCUUGGUGUUCAUCCACAGAAACAAAAAGGCUUUAGCUUUGUUGGUCUUAAUGUGCCAGUGGGACGGGUCCAAGCAGAAGAUAUGGAUGAACUAGCUCAUUUAGCUGACAUAUAUGGCUCUGGUGAACUACGGCUUACUGUAGAACAAAACAUCAUAAUUCCCAACGUUGAGAAUUCAAAACUCGAAGAUUUGCUGAAAGAGCCUCUUUUGAGGAACAAAUUUUCACCCGAACCACCACUUCUGAUGAAAGGGUUGGUAGCCUGCACAGGCAACCAGUUUUGUGGGCAAGCCAUUAUUGAGACAAAGGCUCGAGCAUUGAAGGUGGCCGAGGAGGUUGAAAAGCUAGUUUCGGUGACUCGGCCGGUGAGGAUGCACUGGACAGGCUGCCCAAAUACCUGUGGGCAGGUACAAGUGGCUGAUAUUGGAUUCAUGGGGUGUAUGGCAAGGGAUGCAGCUGGGAAGGUCUGUGAAGGGGUGGAUGUUUUCUUGGGAGGGAGAGUUGGCAGUGAUUCCCGUUUGGGAGAUGUUUAUAAGAAGGGUGUCCCCUGCAAGGACUUAGUACCCUUGGUUGUGGACAUUUUGAUAAACCACUUUGGAGCUGUCCCUAGGGAGAUGGAAGACGGGGAAGAGUAGCUCAAAUGGAUCUUUGUUGAUCAUUGUUUUCUCCAACAUUUGAAGGUAUGGCUGUUGCAAACAUUUGGAUUAUGAGAAGAAUGUAUAAUAGAGGGUUCCAUCUGGGACGAGCUUGGAGAACUGAUCAAUGGGUUGAAACUUGAAAUGGCAAAGAAUGUUACGAGGAUUCCUCAACUUUAAACCCCUAAAGCAUCUAUGAGAUAUUUGGAUGAGACAUCUAGGUUUAAAUUACAUUUGGACAAAAGUUAUAAUUUUAUCAUGCCCAAUGACACUUAACACCACUAUCAUGCCUUAAGUCUUGUUAGGUGAGGUUGGCAAAUUGGCUCAUGAUUCUUUUCUUGCUAAUUUACAUUGGCUUUAGCAAUAUUAUGUUAUAAAUACAAGUCUUUAUCUA